GCACUUGCAUCUGGAAGACGAAACUUGUCUCGCGAGAUUCUGCUAAACGGGCUCCCGUCGAUCGGUAGUGUGCAACAGAAGCGGUGCAGAUUGCAUAAGAAUAUAGCUUCCAAGGGGUUGCGCGAAACUGCAGUUCGGUUUUCGGGGUUCAGACGUGUUAAUCGUGUUUCGUGUGGGUGUUCGACGACAAAUCAUCGAAAAUGUCCUACCAGUGCAAAAACUGUGAGCGUGAGAAAGAUCAAAACAAUAACUACGUGAACGCGAGCUAUGCGGCCAAUGCCAACGGAACCCGUGGCAAUCGGUCCAGCUUGUCGACCCGGUCCAGCAAGAAUGCCACCGGCGGCCCAGGAGGUGGUACCAAUGAAAACCUCAACGGAUCCGGAGGUGGCUCCUCCAAUGGGGCAACGGGGUCCCAAAUGACGGGGGCCACCCAGGUGACAGCCAAAGUGAUGUGGGGAAGUGUCGGAGCGAUCAAAGAACUUCGCGAGAAGGAACAAGCCGAACGAAAUCAGGUCACCAGGGCCGGACGCCGACAGUAGAUGUGGUGUGUCGGGGAAGCAGUUUUAGUAGUGGUAGUGGAAGAAGUUGUUCUAGCAAGCAAGUGCGCGAAAGCGAUCAGAGAAGAGGUUUUUUGCGUUUAUUGUUGAGCCAGAACGUAUGCGAAUUUUCAAUGUUAUCAACUUUUAUUCUAUCUAUACUAGUAGUUAAAUUAUUAUCUUUAAUAUAAUCGAAUCGUUGAGAUUUUUAUGACACCACUGCGAUCGACCGAACAACGCUAGGAACGUACAUCAAUGACAACCAGUUGCAUCAUUUUCACAACCUCAAUCGCCGCCGUACUCGUUCUCAUUCUAAUCACGGAGCCAUGCAGUGGCGCUUCCACGGAAUCCAUGGUCAGCCUCGCCCCCACGGUUCCAAACGAUGACAACUACCACCAUGACCAAGACGACGACGACGACGACAAAAACGACAACCGGCAUCUCGUUCCGGUGCCGCUAAUUAAUCCCAACGGAACGGAUCUUCCACGACCGAUUGCAACCCCACUGGAUCCCAGCAAGGUCCAGCCGAAACGAUUGAAACUCAAGGUAUCAACCAAACGGCGUAAGCACCAUCAGAACCACAAAUCGGCCUCCAACAACAGUACUUCAACCUCAACGUCCAUCAAGAGCCAUUCCUCCCGUCCGAAGCACAAACGGAAACCCACCAUGCAGAGUGCGCUACAAUCGGCCGCUCGGAAAGGCCUGGAAGCCAUGGUCGAGCUGUUCGACAGGCGCGAACCGGAAAUGAUCCGCAGAGGAGCUGUUCUGGACCCUCAAGAUCCUGGUGCGUUGCUGUCCAGGUUCAGUUCGUCGGAUGAUUUGCCGGUAAACUAUACCAGGUCGGCCUACGCGGCCCUAGUGGCGGCCAAACAACUGAAAGACAGCACCAACGUCGAGUAUGUGGCCCUGGGACGGCAAGUUCCGCCGAAGAUCUCGCUCAAGCGGACGCCCCUGGAGGGGAUGUGUCCCUCGAGGGAACCGCCACCCUGUGUUCCGGCCAGCCGCCGCUACCGGACCCACGAUGGCACUUGCAACAACCGAAAGAGGCCACGCUGGGGCUCGGCCCAGAUGCCGUUUCAUCGCUUCCUGGCGCCGGAGUACACCGACGGUGUCGAGGGGAUCAGACGAUCCAUCGCUAACGGGCCGCUCCCAUCGGCACGCUUCAUCAGCCUGGUAGUGCACGGAUCCCGCCAAGAGGAAGCCCCCGUCACGAUGAUGUUGGCCCUGUGGGGCCAGCUGCUCGAUCACGACCUGACAGCCACGGCCCAACCGCGUAGCCUCAACGGGUCCACUCCGCGCUGCUGCGGACGCAACGACGAAGGCCUCCAUCCGUCCUGUCUGCCCAUCAAGGUCCCGCUGGACGAUCCGUGGCUGUCACCGCUGGGCGUUCGCUGUCUGGAGUUCCUCCGAUCGGCACCGGCCCAAAGGCGCGAUUGCCUGCUGUCCUGGCGGGAGCAAACCAACCAGGUUACCUCGUACAUCGACGCCUCGCCCAUCUACUCGAGCAAUCCACGCACCUCGGAUAACGCGCGGAUCUUCCGCAACGGGUUGCUUCUGUUCGGACGGGGACCGCCCAGCGAAGACGUUUGCUUCCGGGCGGCGCUUGCCAACCAGUGCAUCCGUCCGGGAGAUGCCCGAAGCGGCGAACAGCCGGGACUGCUGAUGCUCCAUAUGGUUUGGGUCAACGAACAUAACCAGAUCGCAACUCAGCUCUCCGACAUCAAUCCGCACUGGAGCGAUGAAAAGCUCUACCAGGAAGCUCGACGGAUCGUGGGGGCCAUGUUCCAACACAUAACCUACCGGGAGUUCCUUCCGAUCGUGCUGGGCAAGGAGGUGUGCCAUUUGUUCGACCUUGAACUGGAAACCAGCGGGUUCUACACGGGAUACGAUCCCAGCGUGAAUCCAACAGUGGCGAACGAAUUUUCCUCGGCUGCGUUCCGAUUUGGACACUCGUUGAUACAGGGAUCGUACAUGAGAGCCGACAGGCAUCAUCGGUUCAUUCCGAACAACGUGACACUGCACGAGGAAAGCGCCGAAGGAGAUCUUGGCGGGCCGGGGUCCUUGCAUCGAUUGGUGCGGGGCAUGGUCAAUCAACGUGCCCUGAAGCGCGAUGAGUUUAUCUCCGCAGAGUUAACGAACCAUCUAUUUCAGACAAGAAGUUUCCCAUUCGGGUUGGACCUAGCAGCAAUCAAUAUACAGCGGGGUCGAGAUCACGGCAUUCAGCCGUACAUCAACUGGCGGAUACCUUGCGGGUUAACUCCCAUCAAGGAUUGGUCGGAUCUGGACCGCGUUAUGGGCCCAGCGUCGGCCUUGCGAUUACGCAAAGCUUACCGCUCAGUUGACGAUAUAGAUCUGUUUGUUGGUGGUCUAGCCGAACGUCCGGUAGUGGGAGGUAUCGUAGGACCCACCUUUUCCUGCAUCAUUGCCCAGCAGUUUGGCAAUCUUCGUAAAGGAGAUCGGUUCUGGUACGAGAAUCCUGGAUUCGAGUCCUCGUUCACGCCAGCGCAGUUGGAGUCCAUCCGCCAAGUAGCGUUCUCGCAAGUUCUUUGCCGAGCACUUGGAGGUGGUACCUUGCAACCCCACGUAUUUCUACCAGCUGACGCCGUACAAAACGAACGACUAUCAUGCGACUCGAAACUGAUGUCACCCAUUGACCUAGAACCGUGGACUGAACGUGACCCUUUUACGAGACCAAACGACGAGCCAAACGCCGAACAAAGUGACAAUGACAUAAGUGCAGCACAAUCCGUAUUCUCAACUACCACAACCAGAAAACCACUGAAGAACGCCAACAUAAUCAACAAAGUAGACUUCAUUCCAAACGGCAAUACUGGACACCAGAUACCCUCCAACGGACAAAUCGUACUGAACUCUCCUAGACCAUCAACGACAAUAGUGAACAACAAGCUGGACUUUAACAAUAACACACCUCGACCGACCCCUGCACAACCGACUCAGCCUAGACCUGUUCCACAGAAAGACCCAAUUCCUACGCCAUCUACUGUAAUAGACAACAAACUAGAUCUGACGGGAACAACUGCUCCUCCAAAACGGAAACCUACCAGGAAAACUACACCAAGACGGCGACCGACUGCUGCAACGAACCUUAUCAUCAACAAUAUAGACUUCAGCUUGAAACGUGACUCUACCGACAACGUAACCGACGACGAAGACCUUGAACAUUCGUUGAAAAAACGUGACUUGAACCUAUCGAAGUUGUUUACAAAAGAAGACAACGCAACGCUACUGUCUACAACCGACAAAAACGCACUUCGAAGUGGCUACUACGGGGCACCUGCACCGGCACCACCCUCUGACUACGAUGACGUUAACAACUACGACUACAACAAUGACUCUGACCCGCCAGUAUUCGUUAAACCCGGAUAUGGCCAUGACUCAGGUUACGGACACGUGACAGAACCACCGCCAAACCCAUACUACGGAGGUUACUAUACGACUGAAAAACCAACGCCACCUCCUCAACCACCAUACUGCGCUUACAACUGCUACAAUCCACCUAUGACGACCUACAAUCCCUACGGACUGGACACCCGACGACCUACCAAUCGACGAACGACUCCCAGACGAACGCUUUCCAACAAGAUCAUCAACGACUAUGACCACAGUCAACAGCAGGACAGACAAACAACCAAACGACCACCACAAACGCAAACUCAGACAACUUUCCAAAGACCUGGACUACUAGUAAUAAACAAUGUUAGACCAAAUGACAAACCUAUCUUUCUAUCGUCUGCUCCUUCUGCGCCUUUACCUUCCUCAUCUAGUCUCAAUUCUAAUAUCUUCCUUCAAAACUCUCAGAAACCUUCCUCUUCAUCUGCCUCUCAAUCUGUCUUUUCUGUCGACCCUAGACCUCAGUACUCUUCUUCUAGUCCUGUCCAUCAUCAAUCUGCUCUACCUUUGCCUAUCUUCUCUCAGAAAAAGACUAGUUUACGCAAACCGCAAAAGCAUCUACAGACUGACAGCAAAGACCGACUGCCUUCCCGAAUUGUACCUCCUCUUCUUAUGCAAGACUACGACUAUGACAUUCCGGACGCCAACCGACAAGAUACGCUGAACAUCCACGAACAUGACGGCUACCUCCGACCCGAACAGAACAAGUAUGAACCUCUGAAAAAGACCUACGGACACGCUACCUACCGCAACUACAGCCAGUACAACGCACACGAACCAUACAUCGACAGCUAUACAUUACAACCACCGACGAACGCCACACUUUGGCCACGUAAGAACCUUGAACAGCUCCAACGAUACGCCGAUCGGUACCAACAACCAAUGGAAGAGACAGACGAUGAACUGGACCAAUACGUUGGACCGUACAUAGACCGGGACAAAGAAACGAAAAACCAUGACGGAGCGGACGCAGAUGUGACCGACAAUGUUGACCUUACUGAACACCAUACUGACGAUGAAUCUACCAGAGACAAUACGAACAAACAUGAUCAGACUGACGAAACUUUUACAGUACAAAACACUGACCUGGAAAAAGCUGUGACAGACGAAGACACUGCCAUGACGUCUAAGACAUUCACAACGGGCGUUAAAACAAAGGACAUUACCAAUAUCAACGGCAAGACAAGUUCGACGAAAAAAUACGUGACCACGAUAGACUAUCAUGGACCUGAUGACCCGCAACAAAAACAAACUGACAAAAACUUAUACAUCAUACGACAUUAUGCACACAAACUAACACGUGAACAUGACAACGUUGACAGAAAAGUAACAGACAAUGUAGACCUUACUGAUACUGAUACAGAAUUGGCAGGAAUAGACGUAACAAACCUCGAAACAAUUGACCAACGAUUGAAAAACAUGGCUGAUAACCAAAAACACGACAAAACCAAGUUGACAGAAGCAAAUACCUCGAUCGACGAAACUGUUGAACUAGAAAUUCUUAAGACACUGAACAUUCUGGAUACGGACAAUGAAACUGAUACGGAACGCCAACAUGACGAACAACAGUCGACUCACCUAGUACGGACUGACUACAACUCAACGUCUGAAAACACGACAGACGACAACCUACAACAGACUAAUGACCAACUAUCACUUACUGGAAUCACUCACAAAAAUGUACUGACUAAUUCGAAUAGCAAGACUAAAAACAAAGAACAUACCCCAACUGAGACUCAGACUUCAGGAGAAGGCUCAUACGAAGACUACAUGACCGUUGACACCAACAGUUCGCCAGACUUAUCAAUUUUACAAACCAACUUGACGAAUAAACCAAACUUGACCAAGACGAUCAAAGGACAAACGUACUAUGACGAAUAUGAUGACGAUCACGACGCCACUGCCGACCAGGAUCUCCUACAAAAACCCAACGCCGACCACCAAACGAACUCCGACCCAAUAGACCGACUGACCUUACAAGACAUCCACGCCCGAACGCCAGACCGAGCCGACCCAAUAGAAUCCAUUCUACCACUGGACGAGACCGAGACCUCCAACGACCCUCCAAAGCCCCCACAACCUGACCAAACAACGCAAAGACCCACGCGACCGGACCGACGCCCGACACCCCACCAAAGAAGACGCAGACCGACUUCCAACGCAAAACGACCGACUUCAGCAGCGACGUCGACAACUGGACUCGGACACGGACACCACGACCGACGACAACCGGGAAUUGCGCUGGUUCCCUUCGUCCUACUAACUAGUAUCGAAAGACCGGACAACUGGGUGAUGUUCAACGUGGCCAAGUCGAAGAAGCGCAAUCCACUGCCGGAUGUUCCGCAGCUGAAGAGCGAUGCGUUCUCGCUGAGCGAGCUACCGAAACCGAUCAGUGCGGAAGACUGAUACCGUUUCGGAGAUUUUCUUUUGUAAACAGCAUUUGAUUGACCUAUGGGACGACUUGCUACGGGACGGAAUGCGUGACUAAUACUUUGACUAAUCUCUAAUACGGCGGACGAAGUUUUACUUAUUACUGGAAAGACCUUUAACCUUUUUACUGUACUAAGACCUGACCAUGACUAUCACAUAGCUUACAGGUAUUAUCAACUGAAUCGUUGACGUUCUGGUGUGCAGGUUCGAUUGCAUGAAUUUGUUAUUAUUUAUUACACUAUUUAUUUAUUGAUAUUUAUUAAAACAAUUUAUGACAAAUGAAA